GACCCCUCGUCGCUUCAGCGAUAUUCUUUUUUUGUUGUUUUGCGUCUCUCCCCUUAGAUUCCCUUUCCACUUCUUCUCGGGCUGCGGCGGCAUAGGGAGCGGCACCAUCAUCUGUCGACACUCGAGGGCUCUGUCUUUUUCUCUAUCCGCCUUCCUGAGACCUAGGAGUUCCGCCUUGCACGGAAUUUCGGGUGCAAAGUAAUGCCACAUUUCGACAGCCCUCCCCUGGCUCCCGCAAUGGCGACGACCAUCGUCCCUUCGAAGUCGAACUUUUCCGGAGUCGCUCCCACGCCUGAAGAAGUCAGCAGCAUUCUGAAGACCAUUGUCGACACCAAUUCUGCCCAGACUUCGCUGGAUGCCUCCUAUGCGCUCACAAGCCUCCUCGUUCAGUCCGUGGGAAUCCGAGGCUUACUCUCCUACAACCUUAUCCCAGAGAUCAAAAAGGCCGCUGCAGACAAGAAGAAUGGCGCCAAACGAGAAAGCGCCAUGUUCGUCCUCGGGGCCAUGUUCGAGCGGUUCCCUCGCGAGCAGCCGUUGAGCGAAGUGGUCUUCCUGGUUCAGGACGGUGGGCUCUUCAACCUGGUCCUUGAUGGGUUGGCCGACAAGGGUUCUUCUGUCCGCGAGUCGGCGCAAUAUGCUGUCGACGAACUGUUCAAGAACCUCGCGCCGGAGGCUAUGGUUAUAGGUCUCCUUCCAGCUUUGCAAACAUAUCUAUCCAAACCAACCGGAAAAUGGCAAGGCACGGUGGGCGCAUAUACUCUCCUCGGGAAAAUGGCCGACAAGGCCCAGAUGGGGACAGGCACGAAAGAGGAGGAACAAGCCAAAGAUGUUCUGCGGGAAUCCAUGGGUAAAACGCUCAAGGAGCUUAUUCCAAUCGUGGAGGGUGGCAUGCACGACCUCAAAGCCGAAGUCGCCAAAGCCGCUACCAAGACCAUGACCUCACUCACGACUUUACUGCAGAACGAUGAUGUGGCCCCCAGGAUACCGUUGCUUAUCGACACCAUGAAAAAUCCGUCCUCUCAGACGCUUCAGAAAGCCAUUCACGCCCUUUCCCAAACAACUUUCGUCGCAAUAGUCACUUCCCCUGUCCUCGCCCUUCUUACCCCUUUGCUGGAGCGAUCACUCAACACCCCAACCACAUCUCAAGAGGUUCUUCGCCAGACAGUGGUCGUUGUGGAGAAUUUGACCAAGCUCGUGCACGACCCAGUGGAAGCCAGAACCUUCCUGCCCAAGUUGCAGCCCGGCGUGCAGAGAGUUAAAGACAAUGCAUCACUCCCGGAAGUCCGGGAACUGGCUACCAGGGCCGUGAAUGUUAUGAAGAAGGCUAUGGGUGACGAUAAAGAUGGUGUGACUAAUGGCCAAAUUGCCAGAGCCACUACCGACGAUGUCCUCAAAGUCCUUGACAGUCAAAUUCGCGCACAAGGCGGUCUGCACAAGGAGGAUAUGCCGGUCUGGAAAUACGGACAGACCUAUGUCUCAGAGAUGGUCAGAGAAGAUGUCAAUGCUCGAGUUUUCUCCCGUAUUCCCUCUCGAGUCGGUCCAUAUCUCAAGUACAUGCUGCCAGACGAGCUUUGCACGGCCGUUGCGGAGGCUGUGCAGAAGCACUUCGUUGAGGACGACCACAAGAAAUUUGGCGCCCCUAUAGUGGAGGACCCGAAUGAGGUUGAGAUUGUCAAUGCAGAAUUCUCUCUCGCCUAUGGCGGCAUGCUAUUGCUCUCUCACACCAACCUACGACUUCUGAAAGGCCACCGCUACGGUCUCUGUGGCCGAAACGGCGCAGGCAAGUCCACAUUGAUGCGGAGCAUUGCCGAAGGGAAGUUGGAAGGCUUUCCUCCCAAGGAAGUCUUGAAGACAUGCUUUGUGGAACACAAUCAGGGUGAGGAUGCCGAUAUCAGCAUUCUUGAGUAUGUGUCCAAGGAUCCUGAGAUAGCCAAAGAAGGGCAAUCGCGGAUCUCAGAGGUUCUGAGCGAAGUUGGCUUUACAGCUGGCCCGGAAGGUCGACAAUCCCAUAAGGUGGGCUCUUUGUCCGGAGGCUGGAAGAUGAAACUAGCUUUGGCGAGAGCCAUGCUGAUGCGGGCUGAUGUUCUGUUGCUCGAUGAACCGACCAACCAUCUGGACGUGGCGAAUGUCAAGUGGCUCGAGGAGUAUCUCCAGAAGCACACAGAGAUUACUUCAUUGAUCGUCUCGCAUGACUCUGGCUUCCUCGACGCAGUAUGCACGGACAUUUACCACUACGAGAACAAAAAGUUGGUGCACUAUCCUGGCAAUCUUGCAGCAUUCGUCAAAGUCAAGCCUGAAGGCAAGAGUUAUUACACACUAUCCGCGACUCAGGUGCAAUUCAAAUUCCCCCCUCCGGGUAUUCUCAGUGGCGUCAAGUCCAACACUCGAUCCAUCAUCAGAAUGACGAACGUCAGCUAUACCUACCCUGGUGCAUCAAAGCCCAGUUUGACUGACGUUUCAUGCCAACUCAGUUUAUCAUCCCGGGUGGCCAUCAUUGGCGCCAACGGUGCCGGCAAAUCCACCCUGAUCAAGCUGUUGACGGGCGAAACCAUUCCUCAGUCGGGCAAGGUGGAAAAACAUCCCAAUCUGAGAAUUGGGUACAUCAAGCAGCAUGCUUUGGAACACGUUGAGAUGCAUUUGGAGAAAACACCAAACCAAUACCUGCAGUGGAGAUACGCCAAUGGAGAUGACCGAGAGGUGUUGAUGAAAGCUACGCGGCAGCUCACCGACGAUGACAAGGCACAGAUGGACAAAUGGAUCGACCUUGGAGAUGGCAAAGGUAGCAGACAGGUUGAAAACUUGAUCGGCCGACAAAAGUACAAGAAGACGUUCCAAUACGAGGUGAAAUGGCGAGGUAUGCUUCCGAAGUUCAACUCGCAGGUCUCGAGAGAGACGCUGCUGGAGUGGGGCUUCCAGAAGCUAGUUCAAGAGUUUGAUGAUCACGAAGCCUCCCGCGAAGGUCUCGGUUAUCGCAUCCUUGAACCCAAGGUGAUCGCAAAGCACUUUGAGGACGUUGGACUAGAUCCCGAGAUCGCCAAUCAUAACGAGAUCUCGGGUUUGAGUGGCGGCCAAAAGGUCAAGGUCGUGUUGGCCGGCGCCAUGUGGAACAACCCUCACUUGUUGGUCCUCGACGAACCGACCAACUUCUUGGAUCGGGAUUCCCUGGGUGGUUUGGCCGUGGCUAUCCGCGAUUACAAGGGCGGCGUUGUCAUGAUCAGCCACAACGAGGAGUUUGUUGGAGCGUUGUGUCCGGAACAGUGGCAUGUGGCCAAUGGAAAAGUGACACACAAAGGCCACCUUGCUAUUGACCUGAACCGGUUUGAGGACUCACGCCCAGGGUCUAGCAAUGUCAGUUCUUCGGCAGUCUCCAGCGCCACCGCUUCCGCCGUCAACUCGGGAGUUGAGGACAACAGCGAGAUGAAGUUCAAGGCGAAGAAGAAGAAGAAGAUGACAAGGGCCCAGUUGAAGGAGAGAGAGGUGAGAAGAAGGCUGAGACACAUUGAAUGGCUCAACAAGCCUCCCGGGACACCUCACCCACCUGAUUCAGAUGACGACUGAGAGUAGCAAGACGGACGGAAAUCAUAGCGUUGGCGUUCUUGCAUGCGACCUUUUUUGAACAUGAUAUGGGUAUGUAAGUGUUCACGUGCGAACAAUAGACGAUAGACUGGGCAUCUGGGAAGAACACGCUAUUAGACUCGGACUCGAUUGCCAUCUGGAAGUUGACUAGGAUUUUGUAUAUGUUGCGGGUUGGUUCCAGAAACGAUGGGUAGAUCACGUUGAUAGAGAUGAUGGCACCAAGAGAGGAUACCUCUUUAAUGAAUGAGGGAUUGAUCAUUAUUUCAUCAGGCUUGCUCAGACGCACAACGGGCCACAUGUUUGUGGAAUUGGUCUGGGCUUGUCCCACAGACCCCAAUCCGAAUAAUGACGUCGAAUUUGGUAUAGACGCCAUUAUUAAAUUGCAAUUUUUGACAUUCGAUCUAGACUUCAGC